UGUGGCAGUCGAAUUAAGACGGGGAAACCAAAACGGAGCGGGAGGCACCAUCCAACCGGUCAUUCUUCCCUCCUCGAUGCAGGCCAGCACUCUCCGGCGGCUGUCCUCAUCUCUCCGUCCUCUGUUCCAUUUUCACCUUAACACAAGGACUCCUCUCUCUAAUCCGGCGGCCGUUUUCUCCUUCCACAAGCAGCCACCACACCCAACCGCCAGCAAUCGCGGCAGGGCAACCUCCAGCUACGCGUCGCCGUUGUCGUUGGUUGGGGAGCCGUAUCAUAAGUAUCAACAUGUGGAUGCCUACGCAGCUAGUGAGCUUGCAUUGGACUCCGUCGUCAAGAUAUUUACUGUUUCAAGCAGCCCCAACUAUUUCCUCCCUUGGCAGAACAAGCCCCAGAGAGAAACAACGGGUUCUGGUUUUAUAAUUGGUGGGCGCAGGAUCCUCACCAACGCACAUGUUGUAGCAGAUCAUACAUUUGUCCUUGUAAGAAAACAUGGGUCUCCUACAAAGUAUCGGGCCGAAGUGCAAGCUGUUGGACAUGAGUGCGAUCUUGCUCUUCUUGUAGUUGAAAGUGAAGAAUUUUGGGAAGGAAUGUGCCAUUUAGAGCUUGGUGACAUACCACUUCUGCAGGAAGCUGUCGCAGUUGUUGGUUAUCCUCAAGGUGGAGACAGCAUCUCAGUGACAAAAGGUGUAGUCUCUAGAGUUGAACAAACACAAUAUGCCCAUGGUGCUGCACAGCUGAUGGCAAUACAGAUAGAUGCAGCCAUCAACCCAGGUAAUAGUGGAGGUCCUGCAAUCAUGGGCAACAAAGUAGCAGGUGUUGCUUUUCAAAAUCUUUCUGGUGCUGAAAAUAUUGGGUAUAUAAUACCGGUACCUGUGAUCAAGCAUUUUAUCAAUGGGGUGGAAGAAAGUGGAAGAUAUACUGGAUUUUGUUCUUUGGGUAUUUCUUGCCAGCCUAUGGAAAAUGUACAACUCAGAGAAGAAUUCCAAAUGCAGCCUGAAAUGACGGGAGUGCUGAUUAGCAAGAUAAAUCCUCUGUCAGAUGCAUAUCAGGCUCUGCAAAAAGAUGAUAUUAUCCUUUCAUUUGAUGGAGUUCCUAUAGCAAAUGAUGGAACUGUUCCUUUCCGGAAUAGAGAGAGGAUAACAUUUGAUCAUCUUGUUUCGCUGAAAAAGCCCAAUGAUACAGCCCAACUAAUAGUAUUACGAGGUGGUGUUAAGCAUGAAUUGAAUGUUACACUCCAACCUUUACAACCACUGGUUCCAGUUCAACAAUUUGACAAAUUGCCAAGCUACUACAUUUUUGCUGGCCUUGUGUUUGUUCCUCUGACACAACCUUAUCUUCAUGAAUAUGGAGAAGACUGGUACAACUCCUCACCUCGUCGUCUGUGUGAGCGUGCACUAAGAGAUAUGCCAAAAAAACAUGGCGAGCAGCUUGUCAUCCUUUCUCAGGUGCUAAUGGAUGACGUCAAUGCUGGGUAUGAGAGGUUAGCUGAAUUGCAGGUUAGGAAGGUGAAUGAUGUUGAAGUUGAAAACCUAAAACAUCUCUGUGGACUUGUGGAGAACUGCACAGAUAAGAGGAUACGGUUUGACCUUGAUGAAGAUCGAGUUAUUGUUUUAAACUACAUUAAAGCCAAACUUGCUACCUCUCAGAUUCUUAAGCGCCAUAGAAUAACGUCUGUAAUGUCCAAUGAUCUGCUUGACACACAAAAAAGCCAAGAGGAAAUUCAAGCUUCAUGCACAGGCUAAACUUGUAACAUUCUCAGGUUCAGAAUCCCUCUCUUUUGCUUUUGUUUGCAUUUAUGUGCAUGUGUAUGUUUACAAUUUGUGGAUGCUUGUUCCUUGAUUACAUGAUAGUUCAAAACUAAAGCCUGCUUCCGGUGUGUAUAGAUUUGCUUCUCUCCAGGCACUUCUGUAUGCGGGUACCACUAUAGAUUUCCUGUGUUUUUUUUUCCUCUUGAUUGGGCUAUAAGAUUUGAUUGUCCUGGAACGUUCACCCGUUUGCUUCUCCCCAGUGGUUGGCCCCGACAAGGUAAUGCAAUUGGUGUUGGAGAUUCUUGUGAAAGUCAAGAGUUCAGGAGAGAGCACUUUCUGGAAUAUUGCAGCUGAAGCUGACCUCUUGCUCUCAACCCAGGGGAGUCAGAAACUGAGAUUAGAGGCUAGUGGAAUAUGUUGAUGUGAACUAUAAUUUAUAGGUAACCUAUUGUUAUUGGAAAAUUUUGUAUCUCUUAUGCCUGUCAAUUGUUUGCAUAUUCAUUAAAUGUUAUGCCUAUUCAUUGCUCGGGCACGUGAGUACCCUGCUUC